AUGUCUCAAGUGGACGGGAGGCACUCACCGUUACGAAUCAGACUCUCAAAGUGUAAACGUGGAGCUGCGUGGACGUGGAGGACAGCGGUCACUUCUUCAGGACGUAAGAACGAUGGCAGAACUACAGUUACCUUACCAACCACGAACUACGGUUACUUACAAGGAAUUCCUGUGGAAUCUUAUUCGAACGUUCGGCCGCGACUAUUGAUUGGCCUACGUCAUGCGAAUCUAAUGCUAGUGCGCAAGAGUCGUGAGGGCCAAAUCGGUGACCCGAUUGCGGUUAAAACGAAUCUUGGUUGGGCGAUGUAUGGCGGAUGGACUGCGGAUAAUUUCUUAGAUGUUAUUAGUCAUACCUAUCAUAUUUGUACCUGCAAUGCGCAAAGCGUGGGAGAGCUUAACCAAACGGUCAAGGACUAUUUUUCUUUAGAUAGUUUGGUAAUUAAACAGAUUUGUAUCCAACUGUCCAAAGACGAUGAACGCGCAAUGUUCCUGCUCGAAACCCGUACCCAUUUUAUUGGUCAACGUUACGAAACAGGAUUGUUAUGGCGUUCUGAUAAAGUUCGGCUUCCUGACAAUAAAGCUGUUGCAGUUCGUCGUUUGAGAUGUCUUGAAAAGCGCAUGAAGAAGGACACAGAAUUGGCAAAGAUAAUGAGAGAGAAGAUGGCGGAGUAUAGGUCCAAGCAUUAUAUCCGUAAAUUGUCUCAAGAGGAGCUUUCCGCAAAAUACGAUCGCAUUUGGUACUUGCCUAUUUUUACGGUGUACAACGUGAACAAACCUGGAAUGGUGAGAAUCGUCUGGGACGCAGCGGCUGAAGCAUAUGGGACAUCUUUAAACUCAGUUCUCGUUACCGGACCAGAUCAACUGGCUUCCUUGGUGGGCAUCCUGAUUCAGUUUCGGGAACAUCACGUUGAUGUGUGCGCCGACAUCCGCGAGAUGUUUCAUCAGGUGAGAAUUAUUCCCGCGGAUCAACACUGCCAGCGUUUCUUGUGGCGCGAUCAUGUCGAACAGGUCGAACCGGAUACUUACGUCAUGGAAGUUAUGACUUUCGCGGCGAGCUGUUCUCCGGCUACAGCGCAGUAUGUUAAGAACAGGAAUGCUGAUAGAUUUGCAGAAACGUACCCAGAGGUGGUGACUUUCAUCAAGAAAGGUCAUUACGUGGACGACAUGGUUAUAAGUGUAGAGACGGAAGAGAAAGCAGUCGAGCUUGCGGAAGCAGUGCGGUUUGUGCAUGAGCAGGGCGAAUUUGAAAUCCGUAAUUGGGUUUCCAACUCUCCGUUAGUGCUAUCGAAAGUGGAUGAAAGGAUGUCAUCAGAGAAAGACUUGAAGUUCACGGCAGAACUGGCGAGUCAGAAAAUCCUAGGAAUGUGGUGGGAGACGACGUUUUUAAGUACAAAAUAA